GUCUCAAGAACGUUUUUGAUGAAGCUAUUCGUGCUGUUCUUUGUCCUGCUCCACCACGCAAGAAGCAAAAGAAGUGCAUGAUUCUUUAAAAUGGCUUCGUACACCAUCCGGUCUGCCGUAUUCAGUCUUUUACGAACCCAACAAUUCGUGUUAUGACAACACAAGCCUCUUUUUAAAAAUGACCGACAUGACUAAAAACCCUAAAAAAAAUUUACUUGCAACUCUCCAUACGUUUACAGACCAAAAGAUCUUGAAGAGUCGGACCAGACGGGUAGCCGGCCCACCUCCAUCUCUCCAAGAGCACAGUCGCUUGCUACUUUUACUUAUUUUAUUAUUUCUACCCAUCGUUUCUUGCCUGUACCGCACCCCAUUACGUUAGAUCUCUUCUGUUCCAUCUAAAUCUUCGGAUAUACGAAACAAAAAGAUGUCAUAUCAAUUAAGUUUUUUAUUUAGUAAGAUAACCAUGAGCAUUAUCGUUAACAUUGUCUUAUUGUGGUGGUGUGUAUU